AUGACGACGUCGUCGGGCCCGGUCGGUCCGAGCCAGGCACAGCAGGCAAACAAUAGCUCGCCGGUCGAAGCCACAGAGCUUGCCGACGCUACUGCGCCGUCUCACCAAGGGCUGGAGUUGGACACUGGGCCAGGCUAUGCGGCGUCCGGUAACAGGGCUCUAGCGCGAUUCGAGAUUGGCCUAGUCGGCUGGCAGCCAACGUGCGGCCUGGCUUCGGGCGCGGCAGGCAGCAGCAAAUCCGGCAUUACAUCCAAUUCCACCCCACCUGCCUUUGUCCGCGGCCCCAGCCUCGAUGCCAUUGGCGCAGCGGCAACCGCAACCCGGCGCAAAGUCACGGCUGCUUUCGAGCAUCAUGCAAGCAGCAGAGGCGCACCCCUGCAUUGCAUCUGCCCCCACGUCGAAGAGCUGGCAGGGCUCGACUGGGCAGCUACGUCAUCCGCCGACAAGGGGCCGAGGCAGGGUCUGCCUUGGCUGGCGCCUGGUGGCAGGUGGAUCGAGUUUUGCUUCUGUCACGGCAGCGAGUGAGCUUUCUUCGUGUCUUCGUGGGCCAAGCCUUGGGAAGUCUAGAAGCGGUGAGACAGCUGGGUGCGGGUUUUGAUUGCUCCAUGAGAUGUGCCAUGUUCGAUUGACGGAUUCUUUCCCGGUUGGCUUUUUUGUCGGCUAGUGACGAUCGUCAAGAGGGAAUGGAAGUGAUUUGAACGAGGUGAAAUGUUGGUAUACAGGAGAAAUUCGACCCGUCUAGACUCAUAACCGACGCGACAUAUUGGAAAAGUUCUCGUCGUGUGAUAUUGUAUAGCGGUACCGAAGAUGCAAUGCCAGGAGUAGACUGUUAACUCUAUCUAGCAUAUUGAAGCUGACGUGGAG